GAAUCCGCCGCCAAAGCAGCAAACGUCAUAUUACGUUGUAUGACAUCGAACUUGAGAUACUUCUCUCCUUUCAUUGGCUCUGUUCCUGACUCCCCUCGUUGCUUUUGUAAUCGACCCUCACACUCGCCCGCCUUCACAACGGCCCCCCAAGGUUGAUCUCCCUUGAAGGUUAAGGAACUUGGUCUUCCCGUCGUGGACCCUCUUGCAUUGCGCCGCCACCACUGAGACCUCGGCAUCGCAAGCCCCGCUCUGCCUGGUAUUAUCACCAACUGCUAUGGUCACCGCUUCACACACCUCAGACACAGUCUGUCGCUACCCGUACAGCUUCAAAAUACCCAAUUGAACUUCAACCCCCAACACAGAACCGCCGCCAUGUCUCCGUCCAGAGAUACGCAGAAUGCGAUAAGCAAUCAGUUUGGGGACCUCAAUCUCUCAAUCACUGGCCUGGGAACAGAAUAUCCUCCGCAUCAGCUUGAUCCAGCAUGUCUGAACACUCUUGUGUCGCGUCACUACCCCAACAGCCCAGCAAUGGACAAGAUCCUGAUGAUCAACCAAUAUACGGGAAUCGACUCGCGCUCAGCAAUUGGGACGGUCGACCACCCGCUGGCGAAUAUGGACCGCGCGCCCACAAUCGCCGAACUAUGCAACGUAUUCCUGAAAGACGGCGUUGCACUCGCAGUUACCGCCGCUCGAAAAGCGCUCCACGAAGCCCAGCUCUCCCCUCUCGAUAUCACACAUGUAGUUUCGACAACUUGUACGAAUAGUGCGAAUCCGGGCUUUGACCAUUACGUCUGCAAGCAAUUGGGGAUGACACAGCCAGUAGAGAAGGUUCUGCUGCACGGAAUUGGAUGCAGCGGCGGUCUUGCGAGUUUGAGGACGGCGGCGAAUCUGGCGCUCGGAAGCAGUUUUCGUGGCAGGAAAGCGAGAGUUCUGGUCGUGGCGUUGGAAAUAAGUAGUUUGCUGGUGAGGAGCGAAUUGGACAGUGUAAACGAGUUACAGCAGACGAGGAUCGGUGUAACGUUGUUCAGCGACUGCGCGAGCGCGUUGGUUUUGAGUAACAACGUUGGAGCCAAGGGUGCGGAGCCGGUUUAUGAGUUGCUCGGCUGGGACCAUAGGAUUAUUCCUGAUACGGAAGAAGAUCUGGGUUUUGACGUGGAUCCCCUCGGUUGGAAAGUCGUCCUCUCGCCUCGAGUUCCGAAACUUGCAGGCUCAGUUGUGGCGCCUACUUUCAAUGACCUCCUUUCUACAUUACCAAACCUGCCUCCAGACUACCAAAAUGCUGCAGAUUUCGAUUGGGCGCUGCAUCCAGGCGGAGCGACCAUUCUUUCUGGCGUUGAGAAGGCGAUGAACAUUUCUGCGGAGCAUAUGCGAGCUUCGUACGAUACUUACAUUAAUCAUGGGAAUUCCUCCUCGGCGACAAUUAUCUCCGUGAUGGACAGGUUACGACAAAAAGACAUGGAUGAGUUGGCGCCUGGUGGGAAGGUCAAAGAUUUUAUCGUGGGGUGUGCUUUUGGACCUGGGAUUGCUAUCGAGAUGUGCAUGCUGAAAAGGAAUAUGAACCACGCGAAGAGAACUCUGGUCACCACCGGAGAUGUCACGCCACCAGAGACCGAGAGCGAAGGAAGCAGGAGUGACGGCGAGGGCGAGGAUUUAGAGACUGAGGUCAAGGACUUAAAGGCGCAAGGAGAAGAGCUCGGUGAGAAACUGAACGCAGUGCAUCCUGAGAUUCCAGAGCAAGGCGACAGCUUGAGCGAGGCGUUGAACGGUGUUGAGCUGGAUUAAUUGGAGAUAUCAAGACGGCUCUGUAUGGAGUCGGUUGAGAUCUGGAUUUGGUGAUCUUUAGGAAACAGAUGGAAGCGGACACGAUAUGCUGGAUCAUGUCAGAAGCUAUGCAUUAGACAUAUUAACAUCGGUCGAGACGAGACAUUGGAAACUCACGGCGUUCUAGACAGGAUGGAGUUGAUGGAGUUUGAAUCGAGCAGUUAGCGUCGUAUCCAUUGCGUAAUAGACCAAAGAAUAUGAACACCAAAACUCCAC